AUGGCUCCGAUCAACGGUUCCCGCAAUGGCAAACACUCAAAGCCUCAGCGCGGCGGUAACCUGAAGCGCAAGCGUGUCCAAGAAGAUUUAAACUCUCUCAUCAAGAAGGUCGAGGAUCUGGAUGUCAAGGAAACCAUCGAACAAUUUACCGAUCUGCCCUUGUCUGAACCCACCGCGUCCGGACUUGCCUCGUCCCACUACAAGACGUUAACCGAUAUUCAAUCCCGUGCGAUCAGCCAUGCGCUUAAGGGCCGCGAUAUUCUCGGUGCCGCAAAGACGGGAAGCGGCAAAACGCUAGCCUUCCUGAUUCCCAUCCUGGAAAACCUAUACCGCAAACAGUGGUCAGAGCACGAUGGAUUGGGUGCCCUGGUUCUGUCUCCCACCCGCGAACUCGCGAUUCAGAUCUUCGAAGUCCUCCGCAAAGUCGGUCGCUAUCAUACGUUCUCCGCCGGUCUGGUUAUUGGUGGGAAGAGUCUGCGGGAGGAGCAGGAGAGACUGGGACGGAUGAAUAUUCUGGUGUGUACGCCUGGUCGCAUGCUGCAGCACUUGGAUCAGACUUCUUUCUUCGAGACGCACAACCUGCAGAUGCUCGUGUUGGACGAGGCGGAUCGCAUCUUGGAUAUGGGUUUCCAGAAGACUGUGGACGCUAUUAUCGGCCAUCUUCCCAAGGAGCGCCAGACUCUACUUUUCAGUGCCACACAGACGAAGAAGGUGUCGGACUUGGCUCGACUGAGCUUGCAGGAUCCCGAAUAUGUGGCUGUUCAUGAGGCGGCCUCCUCCGCGACGCCGUCCAAGCUUCAGCAACAUUACGUCGUUACGCCCCUCCCGCAGAAACUCGAUGUUCUAUGGAGUUUUAUUCGGAGCAACCUGAAGUCCAAGACGAUCGUUUUCCUGUCAUCAGGAAAGCAGGUGCGCUUUGUCUACGAAUCCUUCCGUCACAUGCAACCCGGUGUUCCGUUGAUGCACCUUCACGGACGUCAGAAGCAGGGUGGUCGACUCGAUAUUACUACCAAGUUCUCCUCGGCGCAACAUGCAGUUCUGUUCGCCACCGAUGUUGCUGCGCGUGGUCUGGACUUUCCGGCCGUCGACUGGGUCAUCCAACUGGACUGUCCUGAAGAUGCCGAUACCUAUAUUCACCGUGUUGGUCGUACAGCAAGAUACGAGCGCGAUGGUCGUGCCGUGCUGUUCCUGGAUCCUAGUGAGGAGAAGGGCAUGUUGAAGCGUCUGGAGCAGAAGAAGGUCCAGGUCGAACGCAUCAAUGUCAAGGCCAACAAGCAACAGAGCAUUAAAGAUCAGCUGCAAAACAUGUGCUUCAAGGACCCCGAAUUGAAGUAUCUGGGCCAGAAGGCCUUUAUUUCCUACGCUAAGUCGGUCUACGUCCAGAAGGACAAGGAGAUCUUCAACAUCAAGGAGCUGAAGCUGGAUGAAUUUGCGGGCAGCUUGGGACUUCCGGGUGCACCUCGCAUUAAGUUCAUCAAGGGUGAUGAUACCAAGGAGCGGAAGAACGCGCCCCGUGCUACGGCAUACCUGUCCAGCGAUGACGAGUCUGACGAAGAGGGUGAAAAGAAGAAGACCAAGAAGGAUGAGACGCAGGUGCGGACGAAGUAUGACCGCAUGUUUGAGCGUCGGAACCAGGACGUGUUGGCCGACCAUUACCACAAGCUCAUUAACGACGACGGCACGAUGGUGGAAACUAAUAAGGCUACUGAGGAUGCGGAUGAAGACGACGACUUCUUGUCCGUCAAGCGUCGCUACGAGGCCGGUGACAAGGAUCUGGAUGUCGGAGGAUCUAGCUCGGAGGGUGAGGAGGAUGCGGACGGAACGGAGAAGAAGGGAGCCAAAGUGGUCCAUCUCGAUGGCAAGGAGGCCCUGGUCAUUGAUUCGAAACGCCGCGAGAAGCUGCUCAAGUCGAAGAAGAAGCUUCUCAAGUUCAAGGGCAAGGGCACGAAGCUUAUCUACGAUGAUGAGGGCAAUGCUCACGAGCUGUACGAAAUGGAGGACGAAGAACAGUUCAAGGCCAAGGGCGACGCCAAGGAGCAGCAGGCGAAGUUCCUGGCGGAGGAAGCGGAGCGCACUCGGCAAGCGGAUUUGGAGGACAAGGAAGUCGCCAAGCAGAAGAAGCGCGAGAAGAAGGAGAAGCGCAAGGCCCGCGAGCGCGAGCUUCUUGCGAUGGAGGAAGAAGGAGGGGAUUUGGUCCAGAUCCCGUACAAGGAGGGCGGACUCGCUUCGGACGAAGACGAGGAGGUACUCCGGCCCAGCAAGAAGGCGCGAGUCUCCUUUGCAGACGAAGCAAGCGAGGAGGAGCCCAAAUCCAAGAAGGCCAAGAAGUCUCAACCAGCUGGCAAAGCACCGGAGCAGAUCGAGACUCUGGAAGAUCUGGAGUCGCUGGCCGCUGGCUUGCUGGGGUGA